CGUGCCUGGUGACAUUGCCAAGCAAGAUUUUUGCAGCUGGCAGGACCACUUGUUUUUGUUUUCCUGGAACUCCGUGUGCUGCUUGCUGGGCUUGAGGACUUGGCUUGUUGAGAGCUAGAAUUACGUCUGAAGGAAGAAAAGCACAAAACUUCAGAUAAAAGGAAACAGUCAACUACGGAUCAACUAGAGAACAUCAAAGAAAAAGAACCAGCAGGACGAUGAUAGCGAUGACGACAUUUUUGUUUGUUUUGCUGCUUGCUCUGCUGAUUCUCCUCUUCCUGAGACAACUCUGGUCCCGAAGACAUUUGCCUCCCGGUCCUUUGGCUCUACCUCUCAUUGGGACUUUGGGGGCUUAUGGGAUUUCAUUUCAGGAAGAUUAUAUCUCUAAGCAUGUAAAGCAAUAUGGAAAUAUAUUGACCAUUUGGGCUGGACCUCAACUUUUCAUAGUGCUGUCUGGAUUCAAAACUGUGAAAGAAGGAAUGACCAGCUUCCCAGAAGAAUUCUCUGACCGACUAGACAAUCCUUUAAUGACUGCUUUAGGGAAAGAGAGGGGAAUUAUUCUUUCCAAUGGCCACACCUGGAAACAGCAGCGAUACAUCGCCAUCACUUCUCUGCGGAAGCUGGGCCUGGGGAAGAAAAGCGUUGAGCAUCAAAUAGAAGACGCAGCUCAGACACUGAUAGAGGCCUUUAGACAAACAAAAGGACAGCCUUUUGACCCUUCAAUUUCAGUAAUAAAUGCAGUUUGUAAUGUCAUAUGUGCUUUAAGUUUUGGACAUCAGUUUGCUCCUGAAGAUGAAAACUUCCAGAACUUAAUUCAAGCCCUUGAAAGUAUUGUGAAAUUGACUGGUAACUUUUUCUACUUGAUGUAUAAUGUGUUCCCACGAUUAAUGGGCUACCUCCCAGGCCCUCACAAGAAGGCCCUGGCUUCCGUGGAUUUGAUUGUCUCCUUUGCAAAGCAGGAAAUAGAGAAACACAAGGAAUUUCAUGCUCUGCAUGAGCCACAGGAUUUCAUUGAUUACUAUCUUCUUCAGAUGGAGAAGAGCAAGAAUGACCCCAACUCUACCUAUAAUAAAGACAACCUGGCUGUAUGUAUUUGUGAUUUUUUCGGUGCUGGAACAGACACAACCUUUGCUACUUUGAAGUGGGCAUUGCUUCUCUUGGCCAAUCAUCCCGACAUCCAAGAAAAAGUCCAGAAGGAGAUUGAAGAUGUGUUUGGCUUCUCAGGGUCAAUUUCCUAUCAGGAUCGAAAGAAGCUGCCUUACACCAAUGCUGUGAUUCAUGAAAUGCAGCGUGUAAAAUAUGUCUUGCUUUUUGGGGUUCCCAGACAAAGCAUAAAGGAUGUGAAGAUGAGGGGUUACCACAUUCCUAAGAGGACCGUUAUUAUCCCAGACCUGCGCUCUGUUCUUCUUGACCCUGAACAAUGGGAAACACCUGAAGAAUUCAACCCAAAUCACUUUUUAGAUAAGGAUGGGAAGUUCAUGGAACGAGAAGAGUUUCUGCCAUUUGGAAUAGGUGUGCGUGCAUGUGUGGGACAGCAGCUGGCAAGAAUUGAGAUCUUCAUCUUUCUGACCAGCCUGUUGAGGGCCUUCAGCUUCCGGUUGCCUGAAGGAGUGAAAGAACUCAAUGAAGCCCCUAUUGUAAAAGUGACAUUGCAUCCACAUCCUUACAAACUGUGUGCUAUUCCCACAAAGGCUUAAACAUAAGCAAUAUAAAAAGCAUUAAAGUAACUAUAGAAUAUUAUUCAAUAUGAUAAUUGUUUCUUAUAUAUGUAUUCACUUAAUAUUGUGUUUUGCUUCUAUUGACUCAACACUAAAACGUGUUCAAUAUAUGGCUGGAUUCACACAUCAUAGCUAACCUCGUCAACCAGAGACCAGGAGAUUGUGAAUAAAAAAUGUGCUGUGUGCUUGUUAA